ACAGCCGCAGACGGGGCCCGGGCCCGGUCCCUCCCGGGGGGGAUCCCCCCCCCUGCUCCCGCGCCGCCGCGGCGCUGCGGCUCCCCCUGGCGGUGGCGGCGCGGAACAGCCAGGCUGGGCGGUGCGUGGGGGCCAGCCAUGGCGGGCAGCGCCCGGCGGUCCCGGCGGGGCAACGCGGCCGCCGGUUCCCCCGCGGCUCGGAGCCGCCGGGGGAGAGCGAAAGCGGCGGGCGGACCCCCGGCACAACCCCCCGGACACGGAGCCUUCGAUUUAGGAGGGCAGAGAGAGCGCUGGGCCGCCUUCCAGAAGCGGCACCGGCUGAGCUGCGAGGAGGCGGCGCGGCUGCUGCUGGACGCCUAUGAAUGCAGAAGUUUGGUCAAACACACGGGAGGCUGUCACUGCGGAGCCGUCCGCUUUGAGGUCUGGGCCUCGGCAGAUCUCCACGUUUUUAACUGCAACUGCAGCAUUUGCACAAAGAAACAGAACAGACACUUCAUUGUCCCAGCGUCACGUUUCAAGCUGCUGAAGGGUGCUGAUAACUUGACAACGUAUACCUUCAACACACAUCGUGCCCAGCACACAUUCUGCAAGACCUGUGGUGUGCAGAGCUUUUAUACUCCUCGUUCUAAUCCAGAUGGUUAUGGAAUAGCUCCCCACUGUCUGGAUGAUGGCACUGUGCAGACCAUUGUCACCGAGGAUAUCAAUGGCAAGGAAUGGGAGAAGGCAGUGAAGGAACAUAAGACCAUCAGAGACAUGUCAAAACCCUGACAUACCCUUCCAGCAGCUGAACUUGGAGCACUGCCAUGGAACUGUAGUCUGGGCUUUCCUGGGUGAGGGUUGGCAAAAUCAAUCUCUAUAUUGUUGUUAUCUGUUCUCUGUUUCUUAAAUCUUUCUAUGCUGCCUGUGCCAUUCAUUUGUGAUUUUCAAUUUUCAAGCUACCUCUGUCCUAUAAACCACCCCAGACUGCUGUUUUGAUACUUUGCCCUUAGCUGUGUUAAAGUUUAAAUCACAAUAAACAGAGCAAAGUACAAAAAAAAAAAAAAAAUC